AUGUCUGUUUUGCUGGAGACAUCGGCGGGUGACAUCACAAUUGACCUGUUCGUGCAGGACGCGCCCUUGUGCUGCGAAAACUUCUUGAAGCUCUGCAAGGUCAAAUACUACAACUACUCGCCCAUCUACAAUGUGCAGUCCAACUUUUCCUUCCAGACCGGCGACCCCAUAGGACCCGAAUCCAAAGAUAGCGAUGGCGGGGUGUCGGCGUGGAGUCUUCCAGACGGUACCACCAAGCGAGCGACACGUCCCGAAAAGGCGACGUUCAAGCCCGAAUUCUCCAGAAAGAGGAAGCAUGGUGAGCGUGGCACGGUCAGCAUGGCCACGACCGCCUCAAAACUGAAUCCGGAUGAACGAAUUGCAAGCAGUCAAUUCAUCAUCACUUUGGGCGAGAACCUGGAGCUGCUUGAUGGCAAGGCGGCAGUGUUUGGCGAGGUCGUGGAAGGUUUUGAUGCCCUGGAGAAAAUCAACUCGGCUUUUGUGGACAGCAGCGGGAGACCUCUGCAAGACAUUCGGAUCCUGCACACAGUCGUGCUCGAUGAUCCCUACGAUGACCCCGCUGGUCUGAUCGAGCCUCCGGGCAGCCCUGUUCCCUCGGCUGAGCAACGAGCSACAGUGCGCAUUGCACAUGAUGAAGUCUUGAAAGAAAACACAGACCCCGAGGAAAUGGAGAAGAUACGGAGAGAACGCGAAGCUCGUGCUCAAGCUCUGACCUUGGAAUUAAUCGGAGAUCUGCCAUUCGCGGACGUCACACCUCCCGAGCAGAUUCUGUUCGUCUGCAAGCUGAAUCCCGUGACUCGCGAUGAAGAUUUGGAGCUCAUAUUCUCACGCUUUGGCAAGAUCCUAUCGUGCGAAGUGAUUCGAGAUAAAAAGUCAGGUGACAGCCUCCAGUAUGCCUUCAUCGAGUUUGCGAACAAGGAGGAUUGUGAGCGCGCCUACUUCAAAAUGCAAGGCGUUCUCAUCGACGACCAUCGCAUACAUGUGGAUUUCUCUCAGAGUGUGUCAAAGCUCUCUGCAGAUUGGCGCAACAACACCAGUUCCAAAACGGCAAGAUCGCGUGGUGGUUUUGGUGGAAUCGACAGUUUGCAACAAAGGAAGCAAUACCGUUCGGACGAUCGAGGAGGUCGAGACCGCGGCUCGAACAGACACUACGACUACGUCUUUGACAAAGACGGCAAGCCUCGCGAUCGGGAGUCUGCCGGGGAGGGAACUGGUGCAAGGGAUCCGCCCAGAGCUCGGUCACGGAGCCGUAGCCCGAAACAUCGCGAACAGUACAGUGAUCAUCGGAGGAGAGACGACAGAAAGGACGAUCGGAGAGACCGGAGAGACGAUCGACGCCGCGAGGAUAGACAUCGCGACGGGCGAGAUGGUCGAUCUGGCAGAUACUGA